UGAGCCUGUGCGUGUGUGUGUGUGUGUCUGUGUGUGCGCCUCUUGCCUGCAGCCGCUGCAAGUCGCACCGAGCCAACAGCGGCUUUUUGUGCGCAUGAUGCACCGUGCUCGACGCACCUGUGAGGGACCAUAAACCCAACCCCGGUACCGCCUGGUGCCCUCCUCCCCUCGCCGCUCCACACCAACACCAGCACCAGCACCGGACACACUGCUGCUUCUACCCGAAGACUGGAAUUUAAAAAAAACUGCGGCUCUGUGGAGUUUACGGCUGGAUUUUUUUUGCACUUGGAUACUCUUGGUGUUCUGUUUAUCUAAGUGAUGGAACUGAGGCCGACCUGUGGAUCCCUCGUCAGCUCCAUGUCACAGUGGAAAACAUGAAGGAGGAACAUCAGCUGGCCCUGAUAGCCAGAGAAGUUAAUUCCAUCAGACUGUACACCAUGAGUUCUGAUUGCAUAAAAUCUAAAGUGUAAAAAAAUAUAUAUAUUCCCAUAUAUCAUCUCCUCAACCCGAAGGAGGAAAACCACAACUCCUGCUGGACAACUCAUUAAUGUGUUUGACUAUAAGACUGUUAAUGACAACGACUGUUCUCUUGCUUCUGCCCUUUUCCCUUCAAAAACAUAUUUUUAUAACAAAUAUAUAUGUCUGCACUCAGUGUGGAUAAAACUGUGGAUCUCUAAAGAAUCCAUCCAAGCACAACACAAUUCAAUUUGAUUGGAUUAAUAUUUUUUGCAGCCAUGGAUCUUAUUGGUUUUUCUAUCAGGCUGCAGGUGUUCCUCAGUACAUGUCUGGGACUGGAGUUUUUAGGGACACCAGGUCAGUGGGCACGCUACCUCCGCUGGGACGCCAGCACCCGCGGCGACCUUAGCUUCCAAUUCAAGACAGACGCGUCCGAAGCGCUGCUGCUGUACUUUGACGACGGAGGCUACUGUGACUUUCUGCAGCUGGCGGUGGUGGAGGGUCGACUGCAGCUGCGCUUCAGCAUCGACUGCGCUGAGACCACAGUGGUGUCCGAUAGACGGGUGGAUGAUGGCAGUUGGCACUUUGCCACCCUGAGCAGGUAUAACCUGCGCACGGUGAUGAUACUGGACGGCCAGGUCAAAGCAGACGAGGUGCGACCUCAACGUCUGUUCAUGAAAAUCAUCAGUGACCUGUUCCUUGGUGGAGUGCCUCAGGACAUCCACAGCGCAGCGCUCACACUGCCCACAGUGCGAAACAUGCAGCCCUUCAAGGGCUCAAUCACAGACCUCAAAUAUGGCGUCUCACAGCCACUCUUCCUGGGAAGCCUUAAGGUGCCCCUGGAGUCAGAGGGAUGGUGCACGGUGAACCCGUGUGAAAACGGCGGGACAUGCUCAGUGGUGGACGGAGAGCCGGUGUGUGACUGCUCCAAAACAGAGUACAAGGGCCGCUUCUGCAGCGAAGGGGUCAACAACAAUAUGCCAGGCCUUGCACACAUGAUGGCAGAACAAGCUAAAAGCAAAGGUACAGCUUUUUCCCAAUCUUUCCUUUUCCGCCUGUAUGAAAAGCGCCGCUUGCUCUGUGAGUGUUUGAGAGCUCUAAUGUGUUUGCUUGUCAGUGUCUCUUUUGUAAUGCUUUCUCACUGAGGGUGCUUGGAUUAAGCGAGUAAUUAAGCCAACCUUAAUUGAAGGAGAAAGGAAAAAGAGAGAGUGUCUGGCUUUGUGUUUUCUUGCCGUGAGUGUGCGUGUGCGAGCGCGUGUGUGUAGACUGUAUCAAAGCGCUGUAUGCAAACACACUGUGAGACAGUUUUGUGAUGCAAAGUGAACAACAGUCACUGUGGAUCAGUUUUCAAAAGAACAAGCGUCGCCUUUUUCCUCAGUAAACCAGCGCUUUUACUCGUUGCUGACGUCUGCAUAAGCUGACUUCAAAUGAGGACGUUUAUAAUUCCUUCUUACGGCUGCCUGAUGGUAAUAUUUACAGGACGGAGGCAUUGUCUUAAACUUUAACUCCAU